GUACGAAUACCACCAUCUCACCCUUAUGAGCUGCGUUCGAGUCUACCGAAGGAGAAAAAAAUACAAAAAAAACAUGAAGGCAUUCUUUUAUUGAAUAUAUGAAGAAAAAAAAAAAAAAAAAGGAAGAAAUUAAUACAAUUUUUCCAAUAGUACAAUAAUACCAAAUACAAGGCAAGUGGUCAAAAAAAAAAAAAAAACAAAAAAAAACAAAUCCGAGCAAUAGAAGGAAAUUUCCUAAACAUUUUCCAUAUUUUCAAACUUACUCCGACUAUAUAAUAAACAACCCAAAAAUAUACUCAAUCUCGGCAUUUCCUUCUAAUUAAAAUUCCCAUCUUUCAUUCUAAUUUUUUCUUCAUCUCUCUCUGUCUCUCUCUCUCUGUGAAACAGAAAAACUAUGAGUGAUAUUGCUAUUGUAGAGAAGGCCGUGAACAGCCUAGGAAAAGGCUUCGAUUUAACCUCAGAUUUCAGGCUCCAAUAUUGUAAAGGCAAAGAAAGAUUAAUUAAACUCAACGAUGACCAUAAAAGAGAGCUUCAAGUUCCAGGUUUCGGAUCAAUCAGGGAUGUUUCUACAGAUAUCAAAUGCGAUAAAGGCGAUCGAAUUCGAUAUCAAUCCGAUAUUCUCAACUUCAACCAGAUGUCGGCUUUUUUCAAUCAGAAAUCAUCUGUGACUGGAAAAAUUCCAUCAGGGUUGUUCAAUGCACUGUUUGUUUUUCAAAGUGGUUCAUGGGCUAUUGAUGCAGCUGAAGUGAAGAACUUGGGGCUUGAUGGUCAUUUCAUUAUACUUUUCAAUGUUCAUAUCGAUCGCUAUCCGCUGAUUCUUUCGGAUCAAGUUCGUGAUUCAGUUCCUUCUUCAUGGAAUCCAUGUGCUCUUGCUAGUUUCAUAGAGAAGUUUGGAACACACAUAGUGGUGGGAUUGAGCAUUGGAGGCCAAGAUGUGGUGCUGGUUAAACAAGAUAAUUCUUCAACCUUAGAACCAUCAGAACUCAAAAAGCACUUGCAAGAUCUUGGAGAUCAGCUUUUUACAGGGACCUGCAAUUUUUCCCCAUUGCGCUCCAAAUCCAAAGACCAUAAACAAAAGGUACCACAAGCCUUCAACGUGUUCGACCCACAGCCUAUUGCUAUCAGUAACUUCGUGUCCAUGAAUACAAAAGAUGGAAUAACAGUGAUAUGUUCAAAGAGAGGAGGUGAUCCAUCAGCCAACAGCCAUUGCGAGUGGCUUCUAACAGUUCCAUUGAAGCCUGACGUUAUUAACUUCAGCUUCAUCCCCAUCACUUCUCUUCUCAAAGGUGUUCCUGGCAAAGGUUUUCUAUCCCAUGCCAUCAAUCUUUAUCUUCGAUAUAAACCUCCUAUAGCUGAUUUAGCUUACUUUCUGGAUUUCCAAACACACAAGAUUUGGGCUCCAAUUUACAAUGAUCUCCCUCUUGGUGCUGCCACAAACAGGGCUACACCAUGCCCUGCUAUCCAAUUCAAUUUGAUGGGUCCCAAGCUCUAUAUAAAUACUAACAAGGUUCUGGUGGGAAAGAAGCCUGUCACAGGGAUGCGCUUCUAUCUUGAGGGCAUGAAAUCAAAUAGAUUAGCAAUUCAUCUUCAGCAUCUAUCAAACACUCCAUUGAUGCUUCAAGAAAAGAUGGACGACACAACGACAUGGAAAGGCUCAGAAGACAUAGACAACCAUGAUCAAUACUUAGAACCCAUCAACAAAACGAAGUUCUCUCAUCUAUGCAACGCUCCAGUAGUAUACGACACUAACAAAGACCAAACGACAACUCGCAUUGUCACUGGAGUUCAACUCCUUUUCAAGAAGCAAGAUUCAAAGAAUGUCCUCCAUCUUCGUCUCCAAUUCUCGAAGGUCUCGAAUUGCUUUCCGGUUCAACAUUGUUGGGCUGAAUGCACCUCCGAAUUCUCUCAAAGAUCUACAAAUAUUUUCUCCACCAUAAAUCAAUCAUUUUCUAGCAACCCUGAGAACCAUAAAGAUAAAAAACCGGAGCCGGUGAUUGUGGAUUCCGGUGUGUUUCCGACAGGGCCGCCGGAGAAGACAAAGAAGCUUCUGAGAUUUGUAGAUACAAAACAUUUGUGUAAAGGUCCACAGGAUAAUCCUGGUCAUUGGUUAGUUACUGGGGCAAGGUUGAACUUGGACAAUGCUGGGAAGAUAGGUUUGCAUGUCAAGUUUUCUUUGUUGAAUAUGUAUACAUAGGGAAGAAGAACCAAAAAAAAAAAAAAAAAAAAAAAAAAAAAAAAAAAAAAGGUUUUUGAGGGUCAAGAAAACUUUUGGCCCUUUUCUUGGAAACUAUGGAAAUUCAAGUUUGUUGGUUUUAGACUAGGUGGUAAUUAAUGAAUAGAAUUGUCAAAAACUGUACCGGAAUAGAAUAUUUUAAAUUUUUACUUAAUAAAAAUUUAAAAUAGUAUAUUCCAAUCUAA